ACACGUCUCGCUAAAUCGGCUAGAAGGACAUUUCCCUGUUACGUCAUUCUGAAGGAUCCAGGUUAUUAGACAACUAUUUCAAAAGAAAUCCAUUUCUUGUUUACAAUUGGAUAAUACGAUCAGCUGAUUUCACGUCGUAAAUGACGUAGAAAUUAGUUGUCGGUUUCAACAUCCACAUUGACGGAGGUAUCGCACAUAAAUGAUGCUAUCCUUUUCCUAUAUCUUGAAUGAAAUCAUGUCAAGAUUAUAUAUAGCAGUUGCUACUGCAGUGGCUGGUUUUGCUGUUUAUUGUAACCUACCUGCUACCUGGUUACUUCCUGCAGAAAAAGCUACUUUGGAAUAUUUAUCAGGUGCAAAACUUCAGAAAUUAGAUGGAUCUAAACAAACCUUUUCGUCAUCUGAACUGUGGAAAGAUAAUGGAGCAGUUAUCAUGGUAGUUCGAAGACCGGGAUGCUUCUUCUGUAGAGAGAAAAAUGGAUUGAUUGAACAGAAUAAAAUAGAAGCUGCCAAAAUAUCUACCCUGCAUCCAGAGUUAAAAGACAUGGGCAUUCCACUUUAUGCUGUGGUACAUGAAGAACUUGGAGUAAAGAAAUUUCAGCCAUAUUUCAAAGGAGAAGUAUUUUUGGAUAUAAAUCGAAUAUUUUAUGGACCAAAAGAAAGAAGGACCUUAUUGUUAGGAUUACUUCGUAUUUCUGUUUGGCAAAAUGCAUACAGAACUUGGAAGAAUGGUUACAAAGGCAAUCUUAAAGGCGAUGGAUCACUUUUAGGAGGUGUCUUUGUUUUGGGAAAAGGAAACCAAGGCAUAUUAUAUGAAUAUAGAGAAAAAGAAUUUGGAGAUCAAGCUAAUAUUACUGAAAUAUUAUCUGCUGCUAAGGAAAUUGCAUAGAUAAUGGAAACUUUUUUGUUGCUGCUAAUGUUUAUUACAAAAAUAAGGUGAAAGGUUGUAAAUAUAUUAAUGAUACUCUUACAAAAAAAAAAUUGUAAAUUGACUCUUUUUAUACUCUUGAAAAUUAAUGUGAUACUGUUUAUAGAUCAUAUUUCAAAUUUGUAUGCAGAAAUAUCUGAAAUAAAUAAUAAAAUAAAUUAA